AUGACUUUGACUACUUCUGUUCCCCGUGCUGCCGUCCCUUACUUUGAGGCGCUUCAUGACCAGCAAGUGCUCGACCAGGAGAUUGCCAACAUUGUUACCAAGCAUGGGUUCAAGCAGUCGACGGUCGAGAAAAUGGAUCAAGUCGAGAUGACCAAAGAAGACAUGGAGAGCGCGUUUUUCGUCAAGGUUCUCAAGGACGUUGGCAACCUGACAUUGACUCAGAAUGGUGCCAUUACCAAUAAAUCAACCGAGGAUGCCUGCCUGGAUUUGUACGCCCAGCUCGGUGCGGCCGAUACCGAUGUGCCAAGACGGUUGAACUUGUUGAAAAAGGCGUGGAAACAGGAUCCCUUGACCACCAUGAAAAUCAUUAUCAACGCGCGAUCGAUUCACAAGGGUAAAGGCAGCAAGUUUGCUUUUUACGUGGCUUAUCGCUGGCUUUUGCAACAUCAUCCUCAGACCGCGCUUCGAAAUUUGUCGGUCUUGACCGACGGCACCAUUGUGGAAUCGCACUAUUCCAAAAAGAAGAAGCAAGCCGAAACCGAAGAUGAUUGGCAGCUUGUUUCCGAAGCCCCAGAGACUCCGUCCAAGCUGAUGAAAUCCCACGGUUACUGGAAAGACUUGGCCAACCUGGUCCUCCUGUACAGCAGCAGCAGUGACAGCAACAGCCAUCCGACGCAGUCCGAGACUUAUCAGUUGAACAAAAGAUCCAAGCCUCGCAUGUUGAGUGCCCAAGAUAAAGAAACCGAUCCCGCCAUCAUCGCCCGAAAAGCAUACCGAGCCAAGCGCCAAGCCCACCGAAAGCUGUGCAAGACGCUUCCCGAAGAAGAACGCAUCCGUGUCCAAGCCGAAUGGAACGAACAAGUCAAGCAACGUGAUAUCGAAGCUCGUCGACUCGCCAAAGCCGCUACCAAGGACAAGGUUCGGGCUAGCAAGUGCCGCACCAUUCAACUGUUGGAAACCGACCGCAUCUACCGCGCUCUUCAUCUGUCUGUCGCCCGCAUCUUUGCCUCCGCUUUGCAACGUGAUUUGGAUCAGCUAAAGAAGAAUCAGCAACAGCAAGGCGCCGCACAAGAUCGUUACGCUUUGAUGGAAGGUCUCAGUAUGGCCGCAAAAUGGGCCCCCUCGCCGUUUGGUUCGCACGACAAGUAUACCCUGCUCAGCACGUCCAUUGCCGAAUGCCUAUUCCCUCCCAAAACGCAUCAACGUGAAGGCGAAUCCCGAUCCGAUUACCUCAAACGUAUCCGCCACGAAUACCGCAAACAAUAUACCACUCCGCUGCGUCGGGCUUUGGAUGUCACCGAAGUGCGCAUGUCCGCCAACCUCUGGGACACCAUCGAUUUCAGUCAUGUUCCUUCGAUCUGUAUGAACAAGCACGCCAAGGAAUUCUUCCUCCACUCGCCUGAUGCUUUCCUCGGUUAUAUACGCGCGGUUACCAGUGGAUCCCGAUCGGUUGCCGCUUCCACCCUGAUGCCCCAUGAGUUGGUAAAAAAGGUGAUCAACCCGGACGAUUCUGGCUUCAAGUUGAACGGCGAAGCAAGAAAAUUAUACACGCAAAUGCAAAACGAUCUGGUCAACGCGCAAUGGGUUUCUCUCCGUCAAAGUAUCCAGGAAGCCGUGUCGUCGUCGGAAAACAAUGCUAAUGCGACAAUGGGAUCCUCUCUAGCCGUUUGUGACGUGUCUGGUUCGAUGGGAUGCGUUUAUUCAUCGGACGUGGUACCUCUGCAUGCCGCCAUAGGUUUAUCGCUCAUGAUGACCGCGUUGUCUCCGCCCCCGUUCAAUGGUACACUCGUCACGUUUUCGGAAGCGCCCAUGGUGUUCAACGUCGACCCCUCCAGUCCCUUCAGCGACCAGGUGCAAGAUCUCCUGAGCAAGCCUGCUGGAUUUUCCACGAACCUCGAAGCCGUGUUCCUCGAUUUGUUACUUCCUCUCGCGCAAAAACACAAGCUUACGCAAGAACAGAUGAUCAAGCGAUUGUUUAUUUUCUCGGAUAUGCACUUCAAUGCCGGUCAAUGUGGUCAACCUUUCGAGACGCUUUAUUACAUGUUGGAACGAAAAUACGCCGAAGCAGGAUACCAGCUUCCCGAAAUCGUGUGGUGGGAUCUCAGUGGCAAUGGCGUCAGCAAGGCCGGGAAAGACAAGCCUUUACCCGUUACCAAGGUCACCAAAGGCUGCUCCAUGAUGUGUGGUUUUUCAUCCGCUUCGCUAAAGCUAUUUUUAUCCGGUGAUUUGUCCACGGAGGAGACACCCGAAGAGGAAGAGACCGCUGACGAUAAGAUGGAAACGGACGCAUCGCAAGAAGGCAAUACCACCCGCAGAAAAAAGGAAGAAGAACAAGACAACAGAAAGACGCCUUUGGACUGGAUGUACGAAGACUUGCGACAUGAAAGUUAUAAUAGCGUUGUAGUGGUUGAUUAG